UUAUUUGGGUACGCAGAGAGGAAGACGCCAUUUUGAAACAGUGAAAACCAAGCUAGCUACCCGGUUUCGUGAAAAAAUUGCGUGAUCGCUGUAUGUGGUUUGUCUUGACGUGCUUUUUAGUGAUAAACUAUACCUUCGUUUGAUUGCUUUGUGUGCCGGCUCCGAUUGUGCAUCCAACCCAGAACCUCAAGCCGAAAGUGAAGGAACGGUUGCCAAGUGAACACUUAUAUAAAGAAUGAUGGAUAUGUCCGGUCCACCUAGGGGUGGGUAUCGUGGCCGUGGCGGACCCCCGCGGGGUGGAUACAGUGAUCGGGGAGGUUCACCAUUUCCCUUCAGAGGUCGUGGUCGUGGAGGUGGACCGCCGAUGGGUCCGCGCAUGGGUAUGGGAGGCGGUGGUCCACCAAUGAUGCGAGGACGCGGGGGAAUGAUGCGUGGUGGUGGACCACCAAGGGGAAUGGGCGGUCCUCCCAGGGGUGGUGGUCCACCAAUGUCACGCGGUGGACCUUACGGUGGGGGUGGUGGUGGAGGCGGUGGUCGACCUAUGGGAGGUCGCUCCAACUACGGUGGCCCAUCAUCUUCCGUAUCGAACGGAUCGGGGCCGCCAGCCACGAUUGCACAGACAGAAAACGGCGACGGUGGUAAAGUGCCGGAAACAAAUGGCGCAACCAAAGCCGUCUCUACAACUUCCGCUGGUGGAACGGGUACUGGACAGAGUGGAGGUACUGGUGCCGGUUCCGGAAAUUCGGGCACUGGCGCGUCCCAGGGUGGGGCAACCGGUGGUUCCGAGGCUGAGCACAUGUCGCCCAAGCAAUCGAUUAAAACGGCAGAUUCGAGCAGCUUAGCAGCUGCGUCACAAGAAUCGUCGAUACAAUCCACACAUUCGUCGGCACCGUACCAUUCGUCGCCGCGCGGAAUGUCUCGCGGACGGGGAGGAUUUAUGUCGCGUGGUAUGGGCCGUGGUCGUGGUGGCGGAGGAGGCGGUUACGGUGGCGGUGACUAUGGCGGACCAAGACCAUUCCGCGGCGGUGGAAUGGGUGGCGGUCGUGGACGUGGUGGUGGUGGAGGUGGCGGUUACGGCGGUGGUGGAGGCGGCUAUGGCGGAGGUGGUAUGUCUGGUGGUGGCUAUGGCGGCGGUGGCGGUGGUGGAAUGGGAGGUGGUGGCGGUGGCGGAGGAUAUGGCAAUGCUCCUCCCUCUUCGUACAACCCGAUGGGUGGUUAUGGACAGAACAAUGGUGGGCCGGGAGGUGGUGGCUAUGGCCAAGGACCUCCACCGCCGCGCCAGUUCGAUUCACGACAACCAUCGAACCCGUCCGCUGUGCCACCUAUCAACAAACGUGGCGGCAUCCCUGGAGUCGGAGGUCCGCCGGGACCGAAACGUGGUCGGUAUGAUCCGGGCCCACCAAGCCGUGCCCUGCCUCCGAAAGCCAUGGCGCCACAUCACGGUUCGGCUGCACCCGUGCCUUCGUACAGCGCUCCUCCACAGCCAAUGGCAAACCACGGCGGAUACAGCGAUCCGAACGCGCAUGCUCCACAGAUGGAGCACCAGUACACGCACACAGCAACGGCCAAUACCGGCGGCUAUGGUAACGCGGCCGCCCCACAAACCGGUUACGCUAGCAACGGCUACAGUCAGGGCUCGUACGGUAACACCACGAUGGCCAGCACCGGAUAUCCGAGCACAGGAACAGAAUACGACACAACGCACUAUGAUUACAGCAACACGGCCACGUAUGAUACUCGCGGCUAUCAGUCUGGCUAUACGCAGGACUACAGCCAAACGUACGGCGCCACCACGGAUUACAGUGCGGUGUCGACAGACACCUAUGCCAGUCAGCAGUAUGACGAUCGCUCCACUGCCUACAGUGGUUACGACGCGCAAGCGUAUUCGCAGGGCUACGCCAAAACCGAUCAAUACGCACACAGCGGUUACUAUUAAACGCGGCAUAAAGAAAGAGAGAGAGAGAGAGCAGGCAAGCAAGCAAAACAAAAAGCAAAAAACCAAUGCCUGAAUGCAAACCAAAACGCAAUGGCGUUGCGUUGCGAGGGACACAAACUAAGUGAUUGCGAAGAGAGCAGCAGCAGCGCGUGCAUCAAGCUGCAGCUACACAUGGCUCUAUGCUACUACAACCAUGCUUUUCAAUGAUCGAUAGCAGCAGCAGCAGAAGCAACCACCACACUCACAAAGAUAACAGCUGGGUGGGUGUGUGUGCUGUGAAGAAAAACAUAAACAAAAAACCAAAAUCCUAUAGUCAACCGAUGUGAACUGAACUGGUGCCCCCUACUCUCCAAGCAAAUGCGCAUCAUUCGGCAAUCGGAGGGGCUAAAGCAACAAAACCACAGAUGAAACAGAAUAGAACGCAAAACACAGGUAAAGAAGCUAAACCUAUUCAACAAAACACCAUAGCCCCAUCGGCAUGCUCCGCAUGAACACGAGGAGUAAGAAACGAUCGACGAUAUCGAUCGGUUAAAUAAGUGUACAGAACUAAAGAGACAGCAACCCAUGCUGGGGCCACACACACACACGGGGGCCCUUUCGACAUUUCGUGAUCAGUGCGGAAGAGAAGAAGAAGAAGCAUUCAUUCAUGUAUCCGGUAUCGGGAUACGUACCUCAAUAUUAGUAGCAUUAGAAAGGGUGGAUAUCCAUUUCGUCGUGUGAAACGUGUAGAUUAGAUUUAUUCAGUCAGAGACAUACAGAGACAGUGUGAACAAUUAGUAUGUAGUAAGGACGCAGGUAAAUGGAGGGAGAAAUGAUUACACAGAGGAACACGUUUUAGAUUGGAAUGGAUAAUAGUCAAAGCAUCGGCAACGGGGUCUCCCAAGCCAAGUACAGGAGCGCCAACAUCGUGUGGUUAAAAUCGGUUAAAAUAAUCUAGCAAGAAGAGUCCAUUGAUCGUAAUUGAUAAGCGUAUUGUAGAAUGUAGUUCCCACGUCGUACAGGUUACAUUUCCUUUUUUUUAUUUCUUCAGUUAAAGUUGUGUGUCAAACAAAACAAAAAAUGCUUUUGCUAUUGUUAUCCCAACUAACUGUGGACCGACCCACUCACACACACACACAUACAACAGUUGUGACGAACGUCCCCUUUCAUGUGAUUAUUUUGUGGCAGAUACUUGUUUGGAACAUAAGUAUAUAAAAGCUUUUUUUAAACUUUCUUGUUUUUUUAAUAGUUUUAUUUGACAAUCUUUACUGUGUGUGUGUGUUUUUUUUUUUGUUUUUGCUCCCUUACCUGUUGUCUUGUGUUUUUGAGUACAAUCGGCACUGACGAUUAUGCAGCGUUUAUAAUCGUCUAAUAUAAUAAUCAAUAAUUGAAUAAUAAUAAUAAUACAAGCUAGGCAUCAGUUAGAACACACAGAAAAGGAGCCAAUUUGCAAAUGACGAAGCGUAGCAUGAUAGCACUAACUGAAGAAAGGUUUUUAAGCAGGAUUAUUGUGGUCACACAGAAUACACACGUAUAUAUAGGAAGGCAGACGGCGGUUAGGCAGGAGCCGUUCUCUAGUUUAUCUUUUUGAAAGUAGCGCUCUCUGGGCGAAGAAUCGCAGACAGUAACCACUACUAGAAGGUUUUUGGUGUGUACAGGGCAAGUUCAACACAAGAGCAAAAAAAAAAUUAAACAAUGGAAAACUAUUAAUGGAAAAUCAAAGAAACAGAUUCAACUAACCAUAAAUAAAUUUGGUACCAAUCGUACAUACAUA